UGCCGUUGCUUGUCGCGACCAGUUCGCCGUUCCGUCCAUCCACGGACCACGGAAGCACGGACCACCACCACCAUAGCCCCUCCCCGAAGGCGAUCCUCUGCCCCCCUCUUCUUCCAGCCAGCCUGCCGUCUCGAGAUCCUGCGAGGCUGCGACGCGGUGUGGCGGCGGCCGGCAUCGCGUCCUAGUGGGUGGGAGAGGUGCGUUCUUGGUAAAAACUCGGCAUCCUUGGCUGCCCUUGGGGCAACGAGGCUUGUGCUGGAUUCUGACCUCGAGGUAGCCAGGAGUUGUCUGGGUUUAGAUCUGUAUAAGGAGGGAUGGCUUCUUCUGUAUUCAAGGCGAUGGCUGAGAAGGCAGGACCCGCCGCUCGUAAACAGGCCUUAACGUUGACUGAUGCGGCAGCAUCUAAAGUACACCACCUGCUUGAUCUCCGACAACGUUCUUAUCUCCGCCUUGGUGUGAAGGCGCGCGGUUGCAAUGGGUUGUCCUACACAUUGAAUUAUGCUGAUGAGAAGGGGAAGUUUGAUGAGCUUGUGGAAGAUAAAGGAGUUAAGAUACUAAUCGAGCCUAAAGCUCUUAUGCAUGUCAUUGGAACCAAAAUGGAUUUUAUUGAUGAUCCUCUUAGAUCCGAGUUUGUGUUCAUGAAUCCUAACUCCAAGGGAGAAUGCGGUUGUGGUGAAUCCUUCAUGACAGCAACCAACAAAAGCUUGGCAUAAUCCAGCAAAUUGCUAUGGUAAUUUGUAGAUUUAAGCCUCAAUGAUAGAGCAAGGGAUAUCCGCACUUCUCUCUUCUGUUGCACCAUCUUAUUGUGCUCUUGACAACAGCACAUGAGAUCGGCAUUCUAGAUCAGGGGCAAUGUUUUCGGUUUGAUACCCACAAGUAGUUAAAAAUGGGCAUUUUCUCUGCAAAGGGUGUGGACACAGCGGUCUGUUAUGUCUUGCAACAUUUGUCCAUUGCACCUUGCUGCCUUUGUAACCACAAAAAGGGCUGUCCAUCUGCCUUCUGUUAUAUACGAAGUUCAAUCUUACCUUCAUGGUGACAACC